GGGCUCGGCGCGCGGGCGCUGUGGCCCUGGCUCGUCCGCCCAAGUCUCUCAGGACUGAGCUUCGCGCUCUGCGCCCGGGCCCUGCGCGCCACCCCGCCGCCUAGGCGGCCCCAUCUCCCGGCCGUUGUUGGCGCUCUGCCCCGGUAACCGGGUGGCUUCGCCCUGGUUGGCGCGUCCGCCCGCCUCUGCUCUGCUCUCUGUUGACAUCGGGGCCGAGACUGGUGCUCGCUUCCCCACCUAGCGUCACGUCCCCGUCCCGCACAGCCUGGCUCUUUUUUUUUUUUUUUUCCUUGUGGUGGCCUUUGUUUCUCUGCUCCUGGUGACAGUGUAACUUCUCGGAGAUAGUGUGGAACCUCCGGCUUCCCUCCACCUCCUCUCUGCCUUUCUUCUAAUCUGGGUUGGGGACGCUUUAGGCGGGUGCAGGCUUAGUGUCACAGGUUUACUGGUCUUUCCUACUGCUGUGAAAAGAAAAAAAGAAUUGGCUUAGACCUCCCACCAUCUCUCCUGUUACUGUGUUGAUAAGAUGUGUCAUCUGGGGUGCAGUACAACACUUCAUUCAUUCAUUCAUUCAUUCAUGGCCUGUUUGAUUUUUUGCAAGGUGACAGAAACCCCAUACCCUGUGACUUCUGGACUCUUGCUUAUCAGUGUGCCCCUUUCUCGUGCUCUGGAUGAUGUCAGAGCAGGACCUGGCGGAUGUGGUUCAGAUUGCAGUGGAAGACCUGAGUCCUGAUCACCCAGUUGUUUUGGAGAAUCAUGUCGUGACAGAUGAUGAUGAACCUGCCUUGAAGCGCCAGCGACUAGAGAUCAAUUGCCAGGACCCCUCUAUAAAGUCUUUCCUGUACUCUAUUAACCAGACGAUAUGUUUGCGGUUGGAUAGCAUUGAGGCCAAGCUGCAAGCUCUCGAGGCCACUUGCAAAUCUCUGGAAGAGAAGCUAGACCUGGUCACCAAUAAACAGCACAGUCCCAUCCAGGUCCCCAUGGUGGCAGGUUCCCCACUUGGCGCCACCCAGACCUGCAACAAAGUGCGAUGCGUCGUCCCCCAGACUACAGUAAUACUCAACAAUGAUCGGCAGAACGCCAUUGUAGCCAAGAUGGAAGACCCAUUGAGCAACAGGGCACCGGAUUCCCUGGAAAAUAUCAUUAGCAACGCUGUACCUGGGCGUCGGCAGAACACCAUCGUGGUGAAAGUGCCUGGUCAGGACGACAGCCACAACGAAGAUGGGGAGAGCGGGUCAGAGGCCAGUGACUCCGUGUCUAACUGCGGCCAGCCAGGAAGCCAGAACAUUGGAAGCAACGUCACACUCAUCACCCUGAACUCUGAAGAGGACUAUCCCAAUGGCACCUGGCUGGGUGAUGAGAAUAACCCUGAGAUGCGGGUACGCUGUGCCAUCAUCCCUUCUGACAUGUUGCACAUCAGCACCAACUGUCGCACGGCCGAGAAGAUGGCACUGACACUGCUGGACUACCUGUUCCACCGUGAGGUGCAGGCCGUGUCCAACUUGUCCGGCCAGGGCAAGCACGGGAAGAAGCAGCUGGACCCCCUCACCAUCUACGGCAUCCGGUGUCACCUCUUCUAUAAAUUUGGAAUCACGGAAUCUGACUGGUAUCGGAUCAAGCAGAGCAUUGACUCCAAGUGCCGGACAGCCUGGCGGCGGAAGCAGCGAGGCCAGAGCCUGGCGGUCAAGAGCUUCUCUCGGAGGACACCAUCCUCAUCCUCUUACAGUGCCUCAGAGACCAUGAUGGGAACCCCUCCUCCCGCCAGUGAGCUACAGCAGUCACAGCCACAGGCCCUACACUACGCAUUGGCCAACGCCCAGCAGGUCCAGAUCCACCAGAUUGGGGAGGAUGGACAGGUGCAAGUAAUCCCACAGGGCCACCUCCACAUUGCCCAGGUGCCUCAAGGGGAGCAGGUGCAGAUCACACAAGACAGCGAGGGCAAUCUGCAGAUCCAUCAUGUGGGUCAGGAUGGCCAGUCGUGGGGCCUGUGCCAGAAUCCCAUUCCUGUCAGCGGUGACUCAGUGGCCCAGGCUAAUCCCUCCCAGCUUUGGCCUCUGGGAGGAGACACACUUGAUCUGCCUGCUGGAAAUGAAAUGAUCCAGGUACUGCAGGGUGCUCAGCUCAUAGCCGUGGCCUCUUCAGACCCUGCUGCUACAGGAGUAGACGGGUCACCUCUCCAGGGCAGUGACAUUCAGGUUCAGUAUGUCCAGCUGGCGCCUGUGAGUGACCACACAGCCGCAGCGCAGACCGCAGAGGCUCUGCAGCCCACUCUGCAGCCUGACAUGCAGCUUGAACAUGGGGCCAUCCAGAUCCAGUGAGGCCAGGCACUGCAGGAGCGCCGCAUCACAGCUGCCCGCUGCCCCUGCCCCACGCGGGCCCUGCUCUCUUGCAUCAGCAAGCAACUGCAGGUUCUGCUGGGCAUCUGAGAGCUGCUCCUCCCGGGGAAGGUCCUGGCCGCCCCUGCUGGAAGGCGCCUCAGGGUUUGAGUCUCACUACUGGCCGUCUCCAAAGGAGAAACAUAGUGCAGAGUGUUGAGUACGUUCAGACAGACAAGAACUACGAUAUUUUGUUUAAACAGCUUUUUUAAUUUGCUAUGGUGUUUAUAACAAAAAAGAAAAUGGAAAAAAAAAAAAAAAAA